GCGUCAUGCAGCCUCGUCCGGAAGCUGAGUUUGUACCCACCGCGAACCCGCUGAGAUGAACCCUUUAACUAAGGUGAAGCUGAUCAACGAGCUGAAUGAGCGAGAGAUCGAGCUUGGGGUGGCGGAUAAGGUGUCCUGGCACUCUGACUACAAGGACAGCUCCUGGAUCUUCCUGGGAGGGCUUGCUUAUGAACUGACUGAAGGAGACAUCAUCUGUGUUUUCUCACAGUAUGGGGAGAUUGUUAACAUUAAUCUCGUGCGGGACAAGAAGACUGGGAAAUCCAAAGGAUUCUGUUUCCUCUGCUAUGAAGACCAGAGGAGCACAAUUCUGGCCGUUGACAAUUUUAAUGGAAUCAAGAUUAAAGGGCGAACUAUUCGAGUAGAUCACGUAUCUAACUAUUUGGCUCCUGAGAGCUCCCAAGCACUGGAUGAUGUGACCAGAGAGCUCCAAGUGGGGUGCUGUGGGCCUCGUACCCCCUCACCGAGUUUGUCUGGGGGCUCUGAAGAUGACAAACCCACCAAAAAACACAAAAAAGAACAAAAGGAAAAAAAGAAAAGAAAGAAAGAAAAGGAGAAGCCUGCCCGGGGAGUACAGGCAGAGCAGCCGCCCUCCUCUUCAUCACCCGGAAGCAAGGCAAUAAAGGAGAAGGAUGACCCUGGCCCUAAGAAGCACAGCAGCAAGCAGUCUGAGAGAGUUCAGAAGCCAGAGUCCAGGGAGGGCCGUAAGGGCUACUCGGGCUCCCCUCAGGCCAGGACUGCCUGCCGUGGUGGAGCAGGGGACCUGGACAGGGAGUUGAAGAAGGAGAAACCCAGACAUGAGCACAAAUCCUCAAGCAGGAGGGAGGCAAGAGAAGAAAAGAACAGGGAUAAGGACAGAGGGCGAAGCUCAGACACACAUUCUAGCUGGCACAAUGGGCGUUCUGAAGGGCGUAGUCGUAGAAGUAGAAGUAGGAGCCGUGACAAAUCCCACAGGCAUAAGAGGGCCCGGCGCUCCCGGGAGCGGGACUCCUCCAAUCCCAGGGACCGCAGGCAUCACUGAAGCCUGUUGAGCUGCUCAGUAGAUUUGGAAAUGAAAUGUGUUUUUAAAAUGCAGUCCAAUUCAGUUAUAUUGUUGCUAGUUUUGUGUAUAAAACCUCUGGGGCUGAAUUCUUUUAAUCCCUUGAAUGUUAGAGUCAUUGGGAGGGCUGUAGUUUCAGCAGCCACAUAUCCACAGUUCAUCGUCCCUGAGAAUAUACUUGGUACUUAUCAGAACACGUGUCCUGAAUUUUGGUUCGUGUAGACCCUUGGACCCACAGACCCCAAUUUAAGAUGAAAUUGCCAGGAAAGGGAAAAUACCAGACAACUCUAGAAGCCUAGUCUUCCUGCUGUUAAGAGAUGUUGAAGAACCAGCAUCGUAGGACCUUUCCGGUUGGCAGAUAGAAGUGUACAGUGAGAAGUGUGGUCUACUAGGUUUAGACAGCUCUCUGUGAUUGUGAAAGGAUUCUUAAAAUCAGCCAGCUCCCUCCCUAACCCCUGUGUUAAAAUUUGUUUAAAUGUCUUUCUCAUUUUUAAAAGUUGUUUUUGGUU